CGCCCAUCCAUAUAACCUGUUUCCCAGUUUCUCAUUAUUUAGUUUUUCUCUUCCUCACGAGCGAAUAAUGGCAGGAAUGUGGUAUUGUGGAUGACAACCAUGGAAGUGUGUUGAAUCUGCAGAGGUCUGAAUUGCUUUAAUCGACGUUAGGAAGAAUUUGGACGGAAGAGGUGAGAAAAGAUCUUCCUAAUGUCGGUUUUCUGCUCUAAUGUUCGCCGCUAGCCGCCUAUUUGGUCUUUCCUGGAACUUGCUUUGAUUGAGCAAAUGGUAUACAUAGCCUGAGGGAGGGGAAGAGAGGGGCUGCAUCUUCUGCUUAAAGAUUCGUUCUUUUGCAUCUCAUCGGUGGAGAUUUCUGCAUUACCUUUCUAGUUUCAUGUUAGCUGGUAAUUUGAAUAAUAAUUAGUUUUAUACUGUUACAAGUUCAAAGUUCCGCUCUUCCGGCUUUUGGUAGGUUACUUAUGCUGUGGCUGGUUGCUUUAUUUGUGGUGAGUUUGAUUACUGCCGUCAGUUUGGGGUCUUUUGUUACGGAAAGAGUUCAGAUUUUUGGCAUAUCGGAGUAUCUCAGUAGGUUAAUUAGUUUGAUGGGGGGUAAAAGUUCAAAGGGGAGUUCCAGUUGGAGACAUAAUUCGUAUGGGUCGAGUUCUUCCUUCAAUCAUCAUGGCUAUCCUCCGCAAUCGCCAUAUACUCAGCAACCCCCAUCCUAUUCUUCUCAGCCGCAGUAUGCGCCACAUCAGCAGUAUGCGCCUCAGCAACAGUAUGCGCCUCCUACUGCACAAUAUGGUAAUCGGGGCCCAACCAGUAAGAAAUUGGAGAGGAAGUAUUCAAGGAUAGCCGAUAACUACACUUCCUUGGAACAGGUCACUGAGGCUCUUGCACAUGCUGGUCUUGAAUCUUCCAAUCUCAUUGUUGGUAUUGACUUCACUAAGAGCAAUGAGUGGACAGGUGCAAGGUCAUUCAAUCGGCGAAGCUUGCAUCACAUUGGAGACACUCAAAAUCCCUAUGAGCAAGCAAUAUCUAUCAUUGGAAGAACGUUAACUGCUUUUGAUGAGGAUAAUUUGAUACCCUGUUUUGGAUUUGGAGAUGCUUCAACACAUGAUCAAGAUGUCUUUAGUUUCUAUCCUGAUGAGAGAUCAUGUAAUGGGUUUGAGGAAGCAUUGGAUCGAUACAAAGAAAUAGUCCCCAAUCUACGAUUGGCAGGACCAACAUCAUUUGCCCCUAUUAUUGAGAUGGGUAUGACUAUCGUCGAGCAAAGUGGUGGCCAGUACCAUGUUUUAUUGAUAAUAGCUGAUGGGCAGGUAACAAGAAGUGUCGAUACCGAGAAUGGCCAGCUAAGUCCCCAGGAGCAAAAGACUGUUGAAGCAAUCGUUAGAGCAAGUGACUACCCUUUGUCAAUUAUUUUAGUUGGAGUUGGAGAUGGACCUUGGGAUAUGAUGAGGGAAUUUGAUGACAAUAUCCCUGCUCGGGCCUUUGAUAAUUUCCAGUUUGUGAAUUUUACAGAGAUUAUGUUGAAGAAUGUGCCAGUUUCCAGGAAAGAAACAGAGUUUGCUCUUUCAGCCUUGAUGGAAAUACCUUCUCAGUAUAAGGCGACAAUAGAGCUCAACAUACUGGGUCGCCGAAGAGGGGGUGCUCACAGGGUUCCUCUCCCCACACCUGUUUAUGGUUCAGCUUCAUUUGGCGGCUCAAAAACUUCUCAUUCAGGUAGUUUCCAGCAGAGACACAGUAGUUUCCAGCAGAGACAAAGUAGUUUCCAGCAGAGAGAAUCUCCUUAUUAUGAAAGCGAGAAGUCUUACAGUACUGCUCCACCUGCAAGUUCUGCUGUUGAUAACCAGCUCUGCCCUAUCUGCCUUACUAAUCCCAAAGAUAUGGCUUUUGGUUGCGGGCAUCAGACCUGCUGUGACUGUGGACAAGAACUUGAGUUCUGCCCUAUCUGCAGGAGUUCUAUACAUACUAGAAUAAAGCUCUAUUGAAAGGCAUCGCCUGAACAGAUCCUCUCCCAUUCAUAAUAUGUUCACCUCUGCAAUUAGUGUUGGCAACUACGUGCUUGUAAAUUCUUAGACUCAGGGUGUUACUUUCUGAUUAUCCCCCCUUGUACAUCAAUUUAGUUGGUUUGAAAUCCGUUUGUUUUAUCCCCUUAUACUAAAGAUGCUUACGGUUUUUUUCUCA